GAUGAUCAAAAGUUUAUUUCCGCUUCAGAUCAGUUUGAAUCAAAGCGGCUGAAUGUUCGUAGAAUGAUUCACAGCGGAACAGGAAGCGGGUUCAGGAGCUAACUGUGCUAACGGUAGCUGUUUGCUAACGCUAACGUCAUCUGGUCCGCGACGAGUCUUCACUGGUCCGGGGUCAGAAGAUCGUCCCCUCGUCUGUCCUCUUGUUCCGGUCCCACAGAGCGAUGGCGAGUCCUGAGCUCUUAUUGGACUCCAGUAUUCGUCUGUGGGUCGUCCUGCCCAUCGUCUUCAUCACCUUCUUCGUCGGGAUCAUCCGUCACUACGUCACCCAGCUCCUCCACAGCGACAAGAAGGUGGAGCUGGAGCAGGUGUCCGACAGUCAGGUGCUCCUGCGCAGCCGCAUCCUCCGAGAGAAUGGAAGGUACAUCCCCCGACAGUCUUUCGCGAUGAGGAAACAUUAUUUCAACGACGCAGAGACGGGAUUCUUCAAGAAGGUCAAGAGGAAGGUCGUCCCCAAGAACCCCAUGACAGACCCCAGCAUGGUGAUGGACAUGAUGAAGGGAAACCUGACCAACGUCCUGCCCAUGAUCGUGAUUGGUGGAUGGAUAAACUGGGCUUUCUCUGGAUUCGUCAUCACCAAGGUUCCGUUUCCUCUGACUCUGAGGUUCAAGCCCAUGUUACAGAGAGGAAUCGACCUGCUGUCCCUCGACGCCUCCUGGGUGAGUUCGGCCUCCUGGUAUUUCCUCAACGUGUUCGGCCUGAGGAGCAUGUACAGCCUCAUUCUGGGACAGGACAACGCUGCCGACCAGUCGCGGGUCAUGCAGGACCAGAUGACGGGCGCUGCCAUGGCGAUGCCCCCUGACCCCAACAAGGCUUUUAAGAGCGAGUGGGAGGCGCUGGAGAUCGUUGAACACAAGUGGGCGCUAGAGAACGUUGAAGACGAGCUGAUGACCAGAGACCUCAACUUCGGGACUUUCUUCAGCCAUGACGUCAAGUCGGCCAUGUUCUAGGACGAGGAGGAGGCGUGACCGUUUGUAGAACCGUCAGGAGACGAGUAGAAGCUGCUUCUUCUCUGGAACACGCUCGACAAACUAGAUUUAAAUAAACACGACCACAGACGCCUUCUGCCUCUUAACGAGCCUCCAGACAAACUGCAGCUCCACACGGUCCAAACCACAGAUUGAUCAAAUGAUUCACAUUCACAUGUCACGUGGUGUUUUCACUGCUCCAGAAUAGAACCUUUUUUUAAAUCCACUCAUCGCUGAACAAACAGGUUUUAGAACCAAUGUUCCAGACGAGCGUUUGUUUCAGUGAAGCGGUUCAAUCGGAUGAAUACUCUCAGGAAGACGUGGCUCAGAUCUGACGCAGCGUUUCAGGUCGACUGGGAAGUUUCCAGAAGAUCUUUGACUGACAGCAGGCGUAGCUGUUUUCAUUGUGCAGAACUAUUUGUGUGUACGUUUCUACCAAAGUGUCUUUGAAGUUUAAUAAAAAGGUGCCAUCUCAACCAA